CUCAAGACGAAUUUUCAAAUUGCGAUCCUCUUGGCCACACUGGGAGCUCAGCCACUUGCCUCUGUUGGGAGGUUACCAGAGGAGUCAGAUCUGCCAGUGAACCAGCCAAUCGCAACCACGUAGCAUAACCGCUGACCAACUGGGGGGCUGGGCUUGGAGCUUUGCAUCGGAGAAGCACCGGCAGAAUCAAGCAAGGAACACACUAGAGGUGGAGAGGCAGCGCUAUAGCUGGUGCAGCACACUAAUCUCUCCACAGUGAUCAUGUGUCAGCGGAGCCUGAAGCAGCGGCAGCAGCACUGGAGCGGGGUGGGGAAAUGGUGAGAUGUUGCAGGGCUUUGCACAGACCAUCCUCUUGCUACAAUCUCCACAGAGUCAGGGUUGAUGCACGGCGCCUCCGGACGCUCGGCUCCUCCUCCUCCUCUUCCUCUUUCUCGCCGAGAACGGCAGGGGGGUCUGCAGGCGGCGUCAGCAACGCCAGCAGUGGAGGCCCUGGAGCCCUGGGGGCCGCCGUUCGGCUCAGCCACCAGAACCGCUUCAGGUUGCAGUUCCCACAGCUGGCCUUGCGGCGGCGCCUUGGCCAGCUGAACUGCAUGUCCCGGCCUACUGCCCGCCUGCGCUCAUGGCCGCUCUCCUUCCUCUACUACAUCUUGCCAUUUGGAGUGCUCAAGCCCCUCGCCAAGGUGGGCUGGCGGCCCACCAGCAGAGUUACCAUAUAUAAGUCCAUACCUACAAGGUUACUCUCCAGAGCUUGGGGUCGACUCAACCAAGUCGACCUUCCCACCUGGUUACGGAAGCCCAUUUAUAACCUAUAUAUAUGGACAUUUGGGGUAAACAUGAAGGAGGCAGCUGUGGAGGACCUGCAACAUUACAGAAACUUGGGCGAGUUCUUCAGACGCAAACUGAAACCUCAGGCCAGGCCUGUUUGUGACUCCCACUGUGUGAUUAGUCCAGCUGACGGGAAGAUCCUUCACUUUGGCCGGGUAAAGAACUGCGAGGUGGAGCAGGUAAAAGGUGUCACCUACUCCCUGGAGACCUUCCUUGGGCCAUUCACAUGGGCUGAGAAUUUAGCCAUCAACAGAAAUGAGGAUGACCCAAGCUCCUUCCAGGACCUGCUGGUCACAAAGGAGGGAAAUGCGCUGUUCCACUGCGUGGUGUAUCUGGCCCCUGGUGACUACCACUGCUUCCACUCUCCAGCUGAUUGGAGGGUCGCACAUAGACGCCACUUCCCCGGCUCUCUGAUGUCAGUGAACCCGGGUGUAGCACGAUGGAUUAAAGAACUCUUUUGUCAUAAUGAACGAGUGGUGUUGAGUGGGGAAUGGACACAUGGUUUCUUUUCACUAACAGCUGUUGGAGCUACCAAUGUCGGAUCCAUCCGCAUCUACUUUGAUAAGGAGCUGCAUACAAACAGCCCUCGCUACAAUAAAGGUUCGUAUAACGACUUGAGCUAUGUCUCCAACAACAACCGAGAGGGUGUAUGCAUGCGCAAGGGCGAGCACCUGGGUGAGUUCAACUUGGGUUCCACUAUUGUGCUCCUGUUUGAAGCUCCACAGGACUUCACUUUCAGCCUGACAGCAGGUCAGAAGAUCCGCUUUGGAGAACCUCUCGGGACUAUGUAACGUGAGAAGAGUGGAUCUUGUCCAUGGACACACACAUGUGUGCAAACUUAAGCAGGGUCUCAACCACUAACACGCACACCAAGGAACACACUCGCAUACAUUGAGAGUGGUUUCAUUUGUACUGACACAAACCACCGCUGUUGCAUUAUUAUAAUUGGAAUCAUCUUAUUUACUUUGGAGCAUUUUAUAACAGGUUUGCUUUUAUUGUAAGUCCUCUGUUAAAGACUAAGCUAAGACCAUCAAUAUGUUGUAACAAAAUGUAAAAAUGUUUACCACAAAUUGCCAUGUUUUUGCUCUAAAUUAUUUUUCUAUUUUUCUUUUUUUGUAGUUCACCCCCCCCCCCCCCCCCACCCCCCCACAUUGCCUUUUUACCAGGAUGUGAUUUUUGGUAUAAACCGAGUAAACAUUGACACUGACCAACACCUUUGCACACUGAGUUGCGUGCGGGCUUGAAUCACACCUGAAUACAAACACAGGUAUAAUGAAGGAAUGUAUAAAAUACUAUACUGUUCUUCUCUUUUGCCACACUUUCUCUUCUCUUGCUGACUCUUUCAUAUGGGACCUCUGUCUAGCUUUUGAUAUUAAACUGUUUUGAUAUUGAACUAUGAUGGAGCUAGCUUGGACAGUGGAAUUACUGUUCUGGAAAGAUUUGAAAGAAUCGCUGCCAUACUUUGCUUUGCAAAUUAGAUAUGCUGCCUUCAGGUUCUGGUUAUACUUCUAAUUGUGUCAAUCUUUGACUACACUGCCAGAAUGGCACUAUAAUAUAUGUUAAUAAUUGGACUGUAGUACAUUUCUCCACAUUCUAAACACAACACAUUUUCAUUCAGGAUAAUGGUUUCAUUGAUGGUGAAUUCAUAAAGCUGGAGAAGAUUUGCUUACAGCAUGCAGAAAGUAACCCACAUGUUAUCUUUUCUGCUGAGUGCCAAGACUUGUGUUUUUAUUUACAGUGUAGAGAAACGGUUAUGCACAGUACAACACUACUGUACUCUGGUAGCUAGCUAAAGAUGGAAGGAGUUCUCAUACCUGCACAAAAGGCACAUAUUUCAGACUUAUCCAAGCACAAAGGAGUUACUAGUUUUGGAGGUCACCUGCACCUGAGACAUUUUUGUUAGUCUCAGGUGCUCUAUUUCUUUAAUGUUCUCAACAUUCAUCAGCAUCAUAUAAAUGAUGAUGGUUACUAAAAACUAAAGACAGCUUUGCUGUCCUGAAACCAUCUUGCCCCAUAUUCUUCUCUCAAGUCUCCAGCAGUGCCAAUAAAUGCUACAUUUUUGUUGUUUUA